AUGAAUGAGGAAGCUUUCCGAAAUGAAAUACAAGCAUUAACUGAAAUCCGGCAUCGGAAUAUUGUGAGGUUUUAUGGUUUCUGCUCUACAAAUAAAUUCAACUUUCUGGCAUAUGAAUAUAUGGAGAGAGGAAGCCUGGGCACUAAUCUAAGAUCUGAACAAGGAGCAAUGGAUUUGGAUUGGAUCAAGAGAGUCAGCAUUGUACGAGACAUUGCUCAAGCUUUAUCUUACUUGCAUCAUGCUUGUAAUCCAUCUAUUGUUCAUCGACAUAUAACGAGCAACAACAUUCUUUUGGAUGAAGAGUACAAGGCUUGUGUUGCGGACUUUGGUAUUUCUCGAUUACUAAAAUCUAAUUCUUCACAUUGGAGUUUGCUUGCAGGCACAUGUGGGUACAUGGCACCAGAGCUUGCCUAUACAACGAGAGUGACUGGAAAAUGUGACGUAUAUAGUUUCGGAAUUGUAGCACUUGAAGUGAUACAUGGAACACAUCCUGGGGAUCUCCUAAGCAACUUAUCAUUAAGUAUGCUAGUGAAAGAUAUGCUAGAUUCACGUCUUCCCAUUCAUAUUACUGAUCAAGUGACCACAAACCAAGUGCUUUUGGUGAUUUUGAUAGCAAUGCAGUGCAUUGACACUGUUCCACAGGCUCGCCCUACAAUGCAACAAGUAUCUCAAAGGUUGUCUUCUCUAAAGUCUUUGCCAGCAUGUGACAACUAUUCUUUUCAAGCACUUACACUUGGUCACCUCAUAAACUGUCACGCCCCGAACCUGGUGUGCUGA